AUUACACACGACCCCCUCCCCCUUUUUUUUUUUUUAUAUACAUAUAUAUAUAUGCUUUCAUCAAAUACAUUUUAUAAUAGUGAGAACACUUUACCUUCGCCACCCCAACAAAUGGUAGAAAAGACCAUGAGCCGUGAGCAACAAAAGUAUUGUGGAGCAAUUAUGAGGAACUUAAAGAAACAUCGAGACGCCUCACCUUUUUUAAAGGCGGUGGAUUACGUAAAAUUGAAUGUGCCUGAUUAUCCAAGCAUUGUGAAAAAACCAAUGGAUUUAAAUUUGGUAGAAAGUAAAUUAAAUGGGUCUGAAUAUGCCAAUGUAGAGGAAUUUGUGUCUGAUGUUAGAUUGGUAUUUAAUAACUGCUUUAAAUAUAAUGGACCCGAAGCCAUGAUAUCAGUCUUGUGUCAAAAUGUAGAGUCUGCCUUUGAAAAAGGAUUACGUCAAAUGCCCACAAAUACAACUCAGAGUCAUACUAGUGAGCCCUUUUCUCCCAUCAGUCCACAUCCAAUCACCGAGUCCUACACUUUAUCGGAAGAUUUAGGUAGACCCAAAAGAGAAAUACAUUGUCCAUCCAAAGACUAUCCAGAAACAUUUACUAGUAAACAAGUGUUAUCUCCUGCCAAUAAGAAUCAAAUGAAAUAUUGCUUUCAGGUAUUACGUGAACUCAAAAAGACAAAGUACCGUAACAAAAUCUAUCCCUUCUUAACUCCAGUCGAUCCUGUCGCUCUGAAUUUACCAGACUAUACAUCAAUCAUCAAGCAUCCUAUGGAUCUUUCUACCAUUGAAAAUAACUUGCUGAAUGACCACUAUAAAUUACCGGAAGAAUUUGCUCAACAUGUCCUCCUCAUGUUUAAUAAUUGCUACACCUAUAAUCCUCCCUCACUCCCCAUCUAUACCAUGGCCAAAGAUAUGGAAGCCGUCUUUCAACAGAAAUGGGAUCAACGUCCUACUCAUACUCCAUCUGCCAAAACUACACAGUCUCCUCCUUCUCAUCAUCAUCAUCAUCAACAUCAACCAUCUCCUUCCCAACAACACCAAAAGCAGCAACAAAAGCACAAACAAAAGCAUCAACAAUUACAAGAUGAUGAAGUUGUGGAUGAUCAAAUUGCCCAGCUUGAACGUACCAUCCAAGACAUUACAAAGCAAAUACAAACCAUGAAAAAACCUCAAAAGAAGCCAGUCAAGAGGGUUGCUAAGCAACCACCACAACCAAAGAGAAGACUCAAAAAAGCUGCACAACAGCAGGAUGAUUUGUAUACUUUUACCUUUGAUGAAAAAAAGAUUCUCAGUAACGAAAUCAAUCAUUUACCCAGUCAUCGUCUCAACGUGGUGGUUGAAAUCAUCAAAAGCUCAAUGCCAGAUUUGGGAGUUAAUGGACAAAAAGAAAUUGAGUUGGACAUUGAUUCAUUGGACAGCCACACAUUACAUCAAUUACAUGAUUACAUUCAUCCCGAAAGUCCAAAGGUGAGCAAUAAAGGAAAGAGACAACGCAUUCAUUAUUCCGAAAGAGCUGCCGAUAAAAAGAUCCACCAACUAGAGGCUACUUUAAAAAAGUUUAAUUCAAGCAAUGCGCAUUAUGAUUCCUCUUCUUCCUCCAGUGGUUCAGAAGAUGAUGAGGGCUCUUCUGGUUCUGAUUCCGAGUGAAGAACCUUUAUAUACACACACAUAUCCCUAAUAUACAUACUUUUUUUUUUUUUUUUUUUUUUUUUUAAAAAAAAAAUGCUGUACAAUAAAUA